AUGGGCACCUUGCACGUCUGCUUCGACGAUGUGCCGCACUACACAAGCGCCACCUCAGCCUUAGCGGCCUCAACGCUGUGCGCCUCCAACUCAACUGCAGCCGCUUAUGAGCUGCAUAGUUUGAAUGCCGGCACAGCAAAUAACAGCUUGAGCGCGACGACAAUGACGUUGCAUACCGAGCCCAGCAAGGACAUGCCGGCCUGUAGCCUGUCGCCUGGUGCCGUCAGCAGGACGCACAGCAUUUCGCCAACACCGCGCUACGAACGCAAUAUGAGCUUCUUUCAGCAACUCAGUCGCCGCUUUGGACUGCUGCGCUCCAGCGAUGACCCAGUUUUCAGUGCCGCCGAAGACGACUCGACCGAUUCAUGCUCAUCGAACAUCGUUGCAAUGCCAACUGUGCAGCGCACAACCGGUGCAACGAAUACGUCAUUGCCGCCAAAUGGCGGUAACGCGGUAAACGCCAGCAACAGCAAUAACUGUGCUGGCGCGCACUUGGAAUUAGGUGACGCCUGCUUGAAGGACGGUCACGGCUCGAGCAGUGAACACAUAUCGUGCGCUUCCAGCGAGACAAGCAGCACCGCAGACAUUGACGAACAGCAGCUACAUUCACCAACAACAACAACUACGAAAUCGACAGCAGCCAAAGAGCGACGUAGCAAUGCACGCGCCAGCUUCUCGCGUCUACAUCGUCGCUCCACCUCUUCCAUACGACGCGCUUUUGAAAAUUUCUCGCUAUCAACACGUUCGCUAUCAUGUAGCGGCGCUAACGGCACAACCAGCGCCGACACGCCACACAACGCGACACAACGCAGCGGCAGCCACAACACGCCCAUCAAAUCGGCGCUGAAAUACAACUCGAAUGUGGAGCUGAAUAGAAAGACACAGGCCAGUGGCACGUCGAAUUCGGCAACGAGCAUACACUUGUCAUCAGCAUCAGCCUCAACUACGUCAUCGGCGAAAUUGAAGUGCUCGUCCUCGAAAGGCAAAACGAAGCCACCACCGCAACGUAUACUCCGGCAGCCAGUCUCGUAUACAUAUCUGAAGGGUAUAUCGGGUCUGCCGACACAACGAGUGCCUCGCAGCGCUGUCUGUUGCCAAUACGCCAGGCGUUGAGGGCGAG